ACGGAGCACCCAGUCAGUUGGUGUAGAGACUCCAUGGAGUGAGCACUCGUUCUAAUUCACCCUCAAUCUCCAUAAGUGCACGUCAUUCAUUCAAAACGCCUGUCUCCAUUCAUGAAUUUUCACUCGACAGCCAUCGAAUUUGUUUGUUAACAAUCCGGAAAGUGCUGAUUGACAAUUAUUGUGGAUUAAUUACUGGAACGAAAACGUGCAAUGAUGUCGUACGAUUACCCACAUCCAGUUUCGAGGACUCAUCAGUACAAAAAGAUAACAAAGCCAGCAUUGGAGAGAAAGAGACGGGCUCGGAUGAACAAAUGCGUUGAGCAACUUAAAAAGAUCAUGAUUGAUACCCUCGAGACCGAAGCCGAGAACAUCAGUAAACUCGAAAAAGCCGAUAUUUUGGAGCUGACAGUCCAUCAUCUUCAGCGACUUCAAUCGUCCCCACCCUUGGACUUAGUACCAGGGACACCUCAGACCGAGGACAUCACUCCCGAGAGCCGAUGGCACUCAGGAUUUGGUCACUGUGCUGCCGAGGCCUGCAAAUAUCUCGCAGCUAUGCCCGGUGAAUUCGGGGAAAAAUUGGCAAGACACUUGGCGAUGGGUCUCGAGAUAGCCCACCAAUUAAGUACUCAGAGUGUCUCACAGGGUGUAUCGGUCCCUCAAAAUCCAACGGCCGUAGCUCACUCGCACCUCGCGCUACCUGGUCCUCCAUCCCCGAAGAGGCCAUCCCCCUCGAUGGUCACGUCUCACCGCCUCUCCCCCACACUACCCCCCACAAAUGCGUCGGCGGUUUCUCUCGAGCCGAUGCCCAACAAAUUUUGUAAUUCGCUGGAGAGAAGCGGAUCACCGAUUCCGACAGCUACAGACGACGAGGAGGAAAUAGACGUCGAGGGAUUUGACGAUAACGACCCCAUGUGGCGACCCUGGUAAUACAUGUGAUUAAACACUAACAUUUAAGCGGAGAUCUAUUGACUAUUUUCAAUUAUUUGAACAAUCUUCAUGUUGAGAGGACAUUUUUAUGACGUUACUGACUCUUUUGAGUUAUUGAUACAUUUUUUAUGGGCCAUUAAGUGCUUUAAUAUGUUGACGUAGGAUUAUGCCAUUAAUUAUUAAUCAAAAUUCUGAACCGUUAUAAAUUCAUGAACUCGAGAAAUUGAAAAUCUCAUUAAUUACGUCAUUGGAAUGAUUUUGCAUCAGAAUUUUGUACUGUGCAACUCAGAUGAAAAAUAUUGAAUGCAGAUUUUUUUUUUUAAUUAAAAAUUAACGAUCUAUAGACAAUUAAAAAUGUUUAACGUCACUUACAGGUGCAAUCAGUUAUACCUUCGAUUGUUCAAUUACUAUUGUCAUUGUUUCGACGGCUUUAUUUUUUAUUCAGGAGUUUUUAUAAAUAAUAGAAGAGAAAUGGUAAUGAUUUCAAGAACUCAGAAGUCAGAAGUAGAGAUCGACAUUUUUUUCACAAGAAAAAUAAAAUAACUGUUAAACCUGAAGAAUUACCUCUUACAUUUCAAAAUAUUGUUAAAAACAUAUCCAUUAUAUAGUAAGAUGAAUUCAUCAUAUUUUUUGUUAGUGUACUACUGAAUAAAUUGCCUGUCAUUUUAAUCUUAGGAGGCAUUCACUUUGGUAUGUGGCUUUAAUUACAUUAAAGAAGUGCAGGGACAUCGUAGGCUGCACAGUGAUAGAUAAAUAAUUGUGAAUUGUAACUGUUUUUUAUACUUCAAAUGUAUUUAUGCUGCAGACGUUAUUUUAGGGAAUUUCAAUCCUUCGAUAUGCUCUCCCUUUUAAUAUUAUUAUGAGAAGCGACAAUGUAAUACGUAAUACAUAAGAAAUCAUUAUUAUUGUGAAAUAAUAUGGAUAUGUUUAUAUCAUUUUUAUAACUGCGAUAUAUCUGUGAUGAAGAUAAAGUAACAUGGCUGAUCAUAGUGACGUGUGAAUUUAAAUAAACUGAUUUUUUACCAACAA